UAGCGCCGGACGCGUUCAGUGAAGCCGAAUCGCGAUGGUCCUCUUUUAUCCUCUGAGCCGAUCACAAUCCCUCACUAUGGAGUCAUGGAAUCUACUCGUACCAUCUCCGAGUUGAAGUCGUCCUUUAUCAGGGCGCAAGUCCGAAUACUAUCCGAAGGCCUUGAACCGCCCGAAGAUUGGCGAAAUUACGCCGCUGAGACCGAAGAGGAUGAUCUCAGUGAUAAGGUGGUCGGUGAUGUUCUGCAAAAGUUAAACGCCGCAUUGAAACAACACAGUCGCAUCGUCUAUUCCUCCCAAGCGGUUCAGCAUGUCGCUCAGCAAAUUACCAGCCUAUACUGGUCGUCGGUAACCCAGGCAAUACACAACCCAGGGUCUUUGAUAAAAGGGGUUGAGAGAUCGGUGGAUCUAUCCAGUCAUCUGAAUAUCGCACAACUCCCAUUGGAGCUAGAGGACCAAUCUGCGAGCGAAGAACAGCGGGCUAGAUACCAAGAACUACGGGAGCGUCUUACGGACCUGGAUCGCUUACGGCAACAGCGACAACGGCGCCUGGAUCAAUUACGACAGCUGCAGCAAUUACUGGAGCCGUUCCGAGAACCGCAGAAACACAUCCAACCUAAUCUGGUGACGAGAGAUGGCGAGCUAGUCCAGGAGUUAGACAAGAUGAGGAUGCUGGUUGCGCGAGUUGGUGGCCGAGUCGAACAGGGGAAGAAGAAACUGGGCGCUCAGGAGCAGGACAAGCCGUAUCUGGGGUGCGACCAGAAACUAGAUGCCUUAUUGGACAUGACGUGAUGACAAAUAGAGAGAAAGGGCCCGGCUAGAAUGACUUCAUGCAUUGAAUGGAAUGGAAGGAUGCCCGAAUACCUAAAUUGCAUGCCUUGCCUACACUUAUGAGAGCGUUGCGCCUUUCAUACAUACAUAGCCUUCUGGAGAUUGAGGGUGCGGCAUUGCCGGCAAAAGAGGUCGCACAGAUGCAUG